UUGCAAUCUUUUUCUUUUCCGAAAUUUGCCCGCCAAUCUCUCUGUCGCUUCGUCAAAAGGGUUUCUUCCAAAGAAGGACGACAAAACCCACUGAACCUACAAAUCUGAAAAGCUCAAAAUUCAUGCGAAAAUCACAAAACAGUGUAGAUUUUUGAAAACAAAAAGCUUGAUUCCCUACAGUGAAUUUGAUUUUCCCGGAAAAUGGGAUCUAGGGUUCCAAUAGAAACCAUCGAAGAAGACGAGGAGUUCGAUUGGGAAGCAGCAGUUAAAGAAAUCGAUUUGGCUUGUCUGAAAACCUCAAUUGCUCAUCCUCUUCCUUCUUCUUCUUCUUCGUCCUAUAUCACUUCUUUGGCUCAUCCACCAGUUACGGGAAAUGGCACUAAGCCUCCUGCGAAAAGACAAUCUACUCUCGAUAGAUUCAUAGGAAGAACCGAGAAUAAACCGGAAAAUCAAGUUGUUUCCGAGCCCAAUUUUGAGUGUGGUAAUGACAACAGUCCUUUGGUUGGGAUUGAUCCUGAGACAGCUAAAACUUGGAUUUAUCCAGUGAAUGGGAGUGUUCCUCUUAGAGAUUAUCAGUUUGCUAUAACGAAGACUGCUUUGUUUUCGAACACAUUGGUGGCUUUGCCUACGGGGCUUGGCAAAACGCUUAUAGCUGCAGUUGUUAUGUAUAAUUACUUCAGAUGGUUUCCACAAGGUAAAAUUGUUUUUGCAGCACCUUCUAGGCCUCUUGUGAUGCAGCAGAUUGAGGCCUGUCAUAAUAUUGUGGGAAUACCACAAGAAUGGACUAUUGACCUGACGGGUCAGACUUGCCCUUCGAAAAGAGCCUUCUUGUGGAAAAGCAAAAGGGUCUUCUUUGUUACUCCACAGGUGCUUGAGAAGGAUAUACAGUCAGGAACCUGUCUUACUAAAUACUUGGUUUGCUUGGUGAUCGACGAGGCACAUCGAGCUUUAGGAAAUUAUUCUUAUUGUGUUGUAGUUCGUGAGUUGAUGGCGGUACCAACACAGUUGAGAAUACUGGCCCUUACUGCAACUCCUGGAUCAAAGACACAGGCCAUCCAGGGUAUCAUUGAUAAUUUGCAGAUAUCCACACUUGAAUAUCGAAAUGAGAGUGACCAUGAUGUUUGCCCUUAUGUCCACGACAGAAAAUUAGAACUAAUCGAGGUUCCCUUGGGGCAAGAUGCAGAUGAUGUAUCCAAACGCCUAUUAGAUGUUAUACGUCCAUAUGCAGCCAGGCUUAAAAACUUUGGGGUUAAAUUCAAUAGGGAUUAUCAAACGUUAAGUCCACAUGAAGUACUUAUGGCAAGGGAUACAUUUCGUCAAGCACCUCUACCAGGCCUUCCCCAUGUAAAUCACGGAGAUGUAGAAGCUUGCUUUUCAGCUCUUAUCACUCUUUAUCACAUUCGUAAGCUCCUCUCUAGUCAUGGAAUAAGACCAGCGUAUGAGAUGUUAGAAGAGAAACUGCGAGAAGGGCCAUUUGCUAGGCUGAUGAGUAAGAACGAAGAUAUUUGGAAGACAAAGCUUUUGAUGCAGCAAAGGUUGUCACAUGGAGCACCAAGCCCAAAACUUUCGAAGAUGUUAGAAAUACUAGUUGAUCAUUUCAAAGUGAAAGAUCCGAGGACAUCACGGGUCAUAAUCUUCUCAAAUUUUAGAGGAAGCGUAAGAGACAUAAUGGACGCCUUAAGUAAUAUUGGAGAUGUGGUCAAAGCAACUGAGUUCAUUGGUCAAAGUUCAGGUAAGACACUGAAAGGGCAGUCGCAAAAAGUUCAGCAGGCAGUUUUGGAGAAAUUUAGAGCUGGUGGGUUCAAUGUUAUUGUUGCAACAUCUAUUGGCGAAGAAGGCUUGGAUAUCAUGGAAGUCGACCUAGUUAUAUGUUUUGAUGCUAAUGUAUCCCCUCUGAGGAUGAUUCAACGGAUGGGAAGAACCGGAAGGAAAAAUAAUGGUCGAGUUGUAGUUCUAGCUUGUGAAGGGUCAGAAAAGAACAGCUAUAUGCGAAAGCAAGCAAAUGGACGGGCCAUUAAAAAGCACAUGCGGAAUGGAGGAACCAAUAGUUUUAAUUUUCAUCCUAGUCCAAGGAUGGUUCCCCAUGUUUAUAAGCCAGAAGUUCAGCAUGUUGAGUUCUCAAUCAAGCAAUUCAUUCCUCGUGGAAAGAAACUACAAGAUGACUAUGCCACUGAGACUCCAGCUUUCAAACAAAAACUUACAUCUGCAGAGACGGAUAUGCUCGCCAAGUAUUACGGAACCGAUGAGGAAAAGUUGAGACUGUCCUUGAUUGCGUUCCCUCACUUCCAAACAUUGCCAUCCAAAGUGCACAAACUAAUGCAUUCACGUCAAACAGGCUUGUUAAUUGAUGCUAUGCAGCAUUUGCAAGAGGAAACUAUUUCAGAGCAGAGUAAAAGUUUCUUCACUGAGUUUGGAGCUCCUUUGGGUGAAAGAGAGGAGUUUGACACAGGUCUGAGGGUUGGUGAUGAUCCGAAAGAUUUACCCUCUUUCUGUGAUUGGGAAGUCAACACAUCACAGAGAAUAGUUGAAUCUCCCACAAGCACCUUAGAGAAUACAGAGAAAGAUUACGAAGAAUCUUCACUCACACACCGUUAUCUUUUCAGUUCAGAAUGUGCAUCCGUUGAUACUCUGGGGAAGGUCUUCGUAAUGCCGGUUCCUCUUUCUUUCUUUUCUAAUCUACCAGCGUCAAACUAUAUGCCUUGUGCUGAAAGAGAAAAACAACAAUCUUCCCCGAAUCGAUCGCACAUUGACUUUGUCCCGUUAGACACUUCCACCAAAAAACAGCAAGAUAAUAAUAUUUCAUGCAAGUCAAGGCAAAGAUUCUUGCCAGGCGGUGCCAACGAGACACUAGAGACUUGUAGCCUUGUGAAAGGGCACUCCACCGAUGUCGGUAAAGGAGAUGUAGAGAAUUGUGUUGGAGAAAUUGUGUUAUCCUCGGAUGAAGAUGACUGUGAGGACUUGAAGCUUAGUCCAAGGCUCACUAAUUUCAUCAAGAGUGGCGUUGUUCCAGAGUCACCCGUCUAUGACCAAGGAGUUGCAGAAGAAGCGAACAGAGAAGAAGACCUUGAUCUUCCUAAGAUUUCUUCACCCAUGAGGUUCAGUAAUGAAUUGGCAGAAGAGCCUUCUUUCCCUGGGACAAAUGUUCAACAUAAACGCAGCGAUUAUCACAUUGCGUCAAAGACCAAUGAGGUCAGAACUCCUCGAAAGGAGGACUGUUUGGCCAAUGGAACAGAAGGCUUGGAUGUUUCUCCAGUUCCUGGGGAGUGUAGAACUCCCUUGGCGAAUCUCACAAACACAAACAGCAGCGCUAGCAAAGAUUGGCGAGUGAGUUCUGGAGAAAAGUCAGAAACUCUUCGACAGCCUCGCAAGUUGAAGAGACUACGAAGACUUGGAGAUUGCUCGAGUGCUGUAAAGGAGAACAAUCCUGGAAUUACAGGCGCAAACUGUAUGAGAUCUCGUUCUCGCAGUGAAAAGCUCAUUAGAGGUAAGAAGAAGAUGAGCGUGGAUGAUGAUGCCAGAGUAUUUAUUGAUGCAGAAGCGGAGGUCUCUUCGGGAGCAGAAAUGUCUGCUGAUGAGAACGAAGAUGUGACUGGAGAUUCAUUUGAAGAUAGUUUCAUAGAUGAUGGGACAAUGCCUACGGCAAAUACGCAAACCCAGUCUGGUAAAGUUGACAUGAUGGCCGUUUACAGGUAUAUAGGACUGAAAAUAUCUGUCUCCUUUAUGAGUAAAAUAGUCAAUGAACUUAAUAAAAAUCUUAAUGUAUCCUUCCACAGACGUUCUCUUCUCAGCCAGUCACCAUUACCGGCGAGAUUUCGUGAUUUAGCCGCAUCAAGUCCGAGUCCCUAUUCUGCUGGACUUUUGAAGAGAAUAAAUGAGAGCAGAAGCGUCUCAGAUAAAUCAUUGUCUUCUCUCCGAACCCCACAAACAACAAACUCUGAGUCAAACCAGGAUACAAUAGAGAUAAGAGAUUUUUCGAUAGUACAAAUCUCAUCAGAGAGCCGGAAAAGGAAAUUCAGCUUAUGCAACUCGGGAGAUGCCCCCGUGAUUAACUUAGAAAGCAAGUUUGCAGCUCAAGCACAAGCCACAGAGAAGGAAAGCUUUGAAGGCGUGAGAACCAAUGCAGGUGCAUUAGAGCACAAUGAUGAUGAUGAUGAUGAUGAUGAUGCAUUCUUCGCGACACUAGACUUUGAUGCCAUGGAAGCACAAGCCACAUUGUUAUUGUCGAAACAGAGGUUAGAAGCAAAAGAGAAGGAACAUGCAACGCUUAUACCUCAUCAAGGCAAGCAGAGAAAUGAUGCUGAGGAGAAAGAUGCGCCAUCUUUUGAUCUUGGUCUGUGGUGAUUCUUCUUCUAAUACAGAGAUACUAAAUUAUAUGUAUAGAUUGAGCAUAGACAUUUGGAUGUAUGUGUGGUGUAUUAAGUUUAUGUAUAUCCUUAUGAAAUACAGUGCUUAACCAAAGCACAUUGUUAAAUCAGAAUUGAUGUUUCAAACAUACA